AUGACACGGAGAGACUCGCAGAAUUUCCAGUCUCCGUGCAUGCACAAAACCCAGCAAUUCUUUGUCAGAACAUCAAACAUUAACUUCUUUGACGAAAAGGUCGUUGAGCUUCGUCUCGCUCUGAAGGCUGGUGACAUCGCGCGAGUAGGAGAGCUAUGGUCGCAGUUGGAAGAUAUAAAGCUGCUGCGACUCCUCAGUCGCGAGUUGCGUGGGUUUUCCGAGCGCGCUGCUCAGCUGUGCUUCAGGGACAACUCUGGGCCUUGGGAUGCAGACGAGAGGAAGGUCAUCGAGGGCAUAGCCAUUGCUGCCGCCUGUGAGGGCGCAGUCAAUGCCCUCACGACUUGUAUGAUCAGACAUAUAAAGAGAGGCAACUCGCAGGCAGCCCUUCACCUGUACAGACGUUUCCUGGCACACUCCAGCUAUCAGACCGCGUCUGAGCCCCUACCAUCCUCAACGCAGGAAGAUAUUGAGGAUGCGAAUGGGCUAGCUCUCAAUUUUCUAGGCAAUCAGUUAUCCCACCAACCCAAUUUCUCACUUGUCCUCGCAGCAAUAGCCGCAUAUACACUCGAAGAUUCAUUCGAGGGCGUGCUGAAGAUAAUGCUCGAAAAUCCUGUACGCAUAAAUCAGUCCGCCCAGAAGGAGUUCAUGGCUUCAUUCAAUGACUUCUUGUUCCGGGCAAAAGUUCAAACACUCAUCACAAAUCUCUCAAGCAAUCAGGAUCUUUCACAGAACCAGAAUUUAUACCGGGCGAUCAUCAAGGGUUUGAAUGACCCAGAGCUGUAUCUCGCUAGAUCAAUUGGGCAAGGCAAAGGGCGAGAGAGGAAGAGCGAUAUAUUACAUGGUAUCAUAUGUUGGUAUGGGCACCCUCGUGCAGCAGAAGAACAAAUGAGUGUGAUGAUGUGGGGUGACGCAAGUAAAACCGGAGGGACAAAACUCGGGUUCGAAUUUGUAUCGUUGGAGAAGGCGCCAGAGGUGGUGUACAAGAGGCAAGGGUUGAAAGUGGCGAAGCUCUCGAUGACAGCAUUUGUUUGA